ACAUGUUAGAUACCAAAUUUCUAUAGCACAUCGCCUUAUUGGCUUCUUUUGAUAUUUCCUUUAAAAAUGGUCCAUUUCUGGUACAUUGCCUUUGCUCUCAUGAUAGUGCUUCUCUUCUGGAAAUGGAAGAGACCAAGAAACUUCCCACCUGGACCUUGGGCUUUACCUAUAUUAGGGAACUUUCUGCAGGUGGAUUUCAGGAACCCCAUGACAGACUUGGAAAAGAUAGCUAAAAAAUAUGGGAAUAUCUUCAGUAUAUACAUGGGAAGCAAUCCUAUGGUGAUUCUUCAUGGAUACAAGACAGUCAAGGAAGCUCUGGUAGACAAUGCUACAGCAUUUGCAGACAGACCAAACGAUCCAUUAUUCUUUGCAAUGAGCAAUGAUAAAGGCAUUAUCUUUACCCCUUAUGGACAACAAUGGAAAGAGAAAAGGAAAUUCAUGACAAUGCUACUGAAGAAUUUUGGCAUGGGAAAAACAUCAAUGGAAUCCAGAAUCCAGGAAGAGCUGAAAUAUUUAAUGAAACUUUUUGAUGGCAUGGAAGGAUGUAGCUUUCCGCCUCAGGCAAUGCUCAAACUUGCUGUAGUAAAUAUUAUGUGUGCAGUACUGUUUGGACGUCGUUUUGAUUAUAGUGAGGCAAAGAUCAACAGACUCAUUCAACUUGUUGUCGAUCUUUCACAAUAUAUUGGUGGAAUUUGGGGAGAGCUCUACCGUGCUUUUCCUGUUAUCGGACACCUUCCACUACCAUGUCAAAGUAUUUUCACUACUACAUCUGAACUUAAAUAUUUCCUGAUGGAGAUUGCGGAAGAGCACAAAAAGACAAUGAAACCUGGUGAGCCAAGGGAUUGCACUGACUGCUACAUAGAAGAAAUGAGAAAGAGACAGAACACAGGUUCCUCCUUAGAUGAUGAGAGUAUGAUUUCUGUACUACUUGAGGUCUUCGUAGCUGGAUUUGAUAGUACAGCAAACACCUUGGAAUGGGCAUUAUUGUAUAUGACGGCAUACCCUGAUAUUCAAGAAAAUUGCUAUAAGGAAAUUAAACUGGUGAUUGAUGAAAAGAAAGAAGUCAAUUACGAGGACAGGCACAAGAUGCCAUAUAUCCAGGCAGUUACUCAUGAAAUCCAGCGGUGUGGAAGAGUCUUACCUCUUGCUAUUCCUCAUGAUAUGACAAAGGAAACAUCAUUUCAUGGAUACACCAUUCCAAAGGGCAUCAGGGUGAUGGCUAACUUAAGCUCAGUGCUCUGUGAUGAAUCCCAGUGGAAAUUUCCUCAUGAGUUCAAUCCCAAGAACUUCCUAAAUGAUGAAGGAGAGUUUAUGAGGCCUGAUGCUUUUCUACCAUUUUCAGCAGGACCACGAAUAUGCAUGGGUGAGAAUCUUGCUCGAAUGAUGAUGUUCCUAUUCUUCACAUCUAUAAUACAACAAUUUGAAAUUGUGUGGCCUACAAAGAAUAAAUCUCCAGAACUUACUCCAAGAUUUGGGAUAACACAGUGUCCUGUUCCUUUUAAUGUAUUACUCAAACACAGAAGAUGUUGAGACAGUUCUGCAUUUCAUAUAUUGAGAUGGUCAUUGUGUCAUAUUUUUAAAUGGAAUUGUAUCUUUUUACUGAGCCACUCAUAAGUAAAGAAAGCUGUUUAUAUUUCAGUUGGUGGAACAUCGUAGUGUACAUUACAUGAAGUAAUACUUAAAACUUUGUUAAGGUUGACAAAUGUGAUAAGUUUUAAGAUGUAAAUAUAACUCAUUUUAACUCAUCAUGUGGAAUACUAAACUGUCCUGUAGCAUUUAAACUUUAAAGAGUAGGAUAUUUUAUUAAAGUAAUUUAAAUGAUAAAGUAGUUUAAAAUAUUAUCAAAUAAAAAAAAAGAAAAUGUAUAAAAAGUUCACAAAAGAAAUCAAUAAUGCCAGAUGAUGGGGUCCUGUGUGCCUGAAACCUCAAGUAAUUGCAAAAUCUAUGCUGGUCUGAUUAAAGAUAUCACAUAUAAAAGGUA